GCCACACGGACGGAGGACCACCGCGGCUUCCACAGAGCGGGACACGGGCAGCCUGCGCGAGGGGACCGCCAUCUCCUGCAGGGACACGCGGAUCGCUGAGGACCAGAGCCGGCCGCCCUCCCUCCUCCCCCUCCCGGCGGAGCCUCCCGGAGCUCCGGAGCUGAGCGCGAGCGAGCGGCGCGGCUCGCCCUGGGAUGUAGCCCGUGCGGCGGCUCGGCUCGGCUCGGCUCGGCUCGGCUCGCUGGCUGCAUGGCUCUUCCCGGGGAUGCCAUGAAAAUCAGAGCAGCCGAGUGACUGAGAGCCCGCUGCUUCCCCCGCCUCGCCCCCCUCUCUCCCCUCGCGAUCACGGACACGGCGGAGCGAUGGAUCCCGGCGGUCAGACCCGCAUCAGGUAGCGCCGAGGAGGAUCCAGGGAGAGCCGAACGCCUCUGUCCGCCGCGGAGCCGCCGGAGCCGUCGGGAAGGAUGGAUUUCAGCCGGAUCCGGAACAUCAUCCGCAGAUACUGUGUGGGGGAGGAGAACUGGGUGGACAGUCGGACGGUGUAUAUCGGGCAUAAAGAACCCCCGCCGGGAGCCGAGGCCUACAUCCCUCAGCGUUAUCCCGACAACCGCAUUGUCUCCUCCAAGUACACCUUCUGGAACUUUGUUCCCAAGAACCUGUUCGAGCAGUUCAGGAGGAUCGCUAACUUCUACUUUUUGGUCAUAUUUUUGGUUCAGCUGAUCAUCGACACCCCCACCAGCCCCGUCACCAGCGGCCUGCCCCUCUUCUUCGUUAUCACCGUCACCGCAAUAAAACAGGGCUAUGAGGACUGGCUCAGACACAAAGCCGACUGCUCCAUCAACGAGUGUCCGGUGGACGUGGUGCAGCAGGGGAGGCUGGUGCGGACGCAGAGCCACAAGCUGCGGGUCGGGGACGUGGUGGUGGUGAGGGAGGACGAGACUUUCCCCUGCGACCUCAUCCUGCUCUCCUCCAGCCGCCAUGACGGGACCUGCUACGUCACCACCGCCAGCCUGGACGGGGAGUCCAGUCAUAAGACCUAUUAUGCUGUACCAGAUACCAUGGCCUUUAGAACGGAGCGGGAGGUGGAUUCGCUACACGCCACUAUUGAAUGUGAACAACCACAGCCUGACCUCUACAAAUUCGUGGGACGCAUCAAUAUUUACAAGGAUAAAGAGGAGCCUGUCGUCAGAACGCUCGGUGCAGAGAACCUGCUGCUCAGAGGAGCCACGCUGAAGAACACUCAGCAUAUCUAUGCUGUUGCAGUCUACACCGGCAUGGAGACCAAGAUGGCUCUGAACUACCAGUCCAAGUCCCAGAAGCGCUCUGCGGUGGAGAAGUCCAUGAACGCCUUUUUGAUCGUGUAUCUGUGCAUCUUGAUCAGCAAAGCGGUGAUCAACACGGUGCUGAAGUACGCCUGGCAGUGGUCUCCGGACCGGGACGAGCCCUGGUACAACCACCGCACCGAGAACGAGCGCCAGCGCCACGUGGUGAUCCGGGCCUUCACGGACUUCCUGGCCUUCAUGGUGCUGUUCAACUACAUCAUCCCCGUGUCCAUGUACGUGACGGUGGAGAUGCAGAAGUUCCUGGGCUCCUACUUCAUCACCUGGGACGAGGAGAUGUUCGACGAGGAGCUGGGGGAGGGCGCUCAGGUGAACACGUCGGACCUGAAUGAAGAGCUGGGACAGGUGGAGUACGUCUUCACCGAUAAGACGGGCACGCUGACGGAGAACAACAUGGAGUUCAUCGAGUGCUGCGUGGACGGGAACGUCUACAUCCCGCACGCCAUCUGCAACGGCCAGAUCCUCAGCGCCGCCUCCAGCAUCGACAUGAUCGACUCCUCGCCCGGAGGAUACAGGAGGGAACAUGAAGACCUGUUCUUCCGGGCGCUCUGCCUGUGCCACACGGUGCAGGUGAAGGAGGAGGAGACGGUGGACGGCAUCAAGAGGGGCCUCCACCAGGGCCGGCCCACCUCCUUCUACAUCUCCUCCUCCCCGGACGAAGUGGCGCUGGUGGAGGGGAUGAAGAGGCUGGGUUACACCUAUCUGAGGCUGAAAGACAACUACAUGGAGAUCCUCAAUAAGGACGACGAGAUCGAGAGGUUUGAGCUGCUCCAUGUGCUGAACUUCGACUCUGUGAGGAGGAGAAUGAGCGUCAUCGUGAGGUCCAGCUCAGGAGAGUACCUGCUGUUCUGUAAGGGGGCGGACUCCUCCAUCUUCCCACGGGUGGUGUCUGGAAAAGUGGAGCAAGUGAAAGCCCGGGUGGAGCUGAACGCCGUGGAGGGGCUGCGGACCCUGUGCGUGGCGUACCGCCGGCUGUCGCAGUCUGAAUACGUGGAGGCGUGUCACUACCUGACCGAAGCCAAGCUGGCCCUGCAGGACAGGGAGCAGAGGCUGGCGCAGGCCUACGACGCCAUCGAGAGGGAGUUCGUCCUCCUGGGAGCCACGGCGGUGGAGGACAGGCUGCAGGAGAAAGCUGCCGACACCAUCGAGUCCCUGCACAAGGCGGGCAUGAAGGUCUGGGUCCUGACGGGGGACAAGAUGGAGACGGCGGCGGCCACCUGCUACGCCAGCAAGCUGUUCCGGCGCAGCACGCAGAUCCUGGAGCUGACCAAGAAGAGGACGGAGGAGCAGAGUCUGCACGACGUGCUGUUCGAGCUCAACAGGACGGUGCUGAGGCAGCGCUCCAUCUCAGGGCUGUCGGUGGACUGUCUGGACUUCGGCCUGAUCAUCGACGGCGCCACUCUGUCCGCGGUGCUGAAGCCGCACCAGGAGGGUCCCGGCCACGGCAACUACCGGGAGAUCUUUCUAGAGAUCUGCCGCAACUGCAGCGCCGUGCUGUGCUGCCGCAUGGCGCCGCUGCAGAAGGCGCAGAUCGUGAAGCUGAUCAAAGCGUCCAAGGAGCAUCCCAUAACCCUCGCCAUCGGCGACGGAGCCAACGAUGUCAGCAUGAUCCUGGAGGCGCAUGUGGGCAUCGGCAUUAUGGGUAAAGAGGGCCGGCAGGCGGCGAGAAACAGUGACUACGCCAUCCCAAAGUUUAAACACCUGAAGAAGAUGCUGCUGGUCCACGGCCAUUAUUACUACAUCCGAAUUGCUGAGCUUGUUCAGUACUUCUUCUACAAGAAUGUGUGCUUCAUCUUCCCUCAGUUCCUGUAUCAGUUCUUCUGCGGGUUUUCGCAGCAGCCGCUCUACGACACGGCGUACUUAACGCUGUACAACAUCAGCUUCACCUCGCUCCCCAUCCUCCUGUACAGCCUGGUGGAGCAGCACGUCACCAUGGACACGCUGAAGAGGGACCCCUCGCUGUACAGGGACAUUGCUAAGAACUCCCUCCUGCGGUGGCCGGUCUUCCUGUACUGGACGUGCCUGGGCGUGUUCGAUGCCGUUAUCUUCUUCUUUGGUGCCUACUUCCUGUUUGACAACACCACCUUCACCAGCAACGGCCAGAUGUUUGGAAACUGGACGUUUGGGACUCUGGUCUUCACUGUGUUGGUCUUCACCGUGACACUCAAGCUGGCCUUGGACACACACCACUGGACGUGGAUCAAUCACUUCGUCAUCUGGGGCUCGCUCCUGUUCUACGUGAUCUUCUCUCUGCUGUGGGGCGGAAUCAUCUGGCCCUUCCUCAACUACCAGAGGAUGUACUACGUCUUUAUGCAGAUGCUGUCCAGCGGGCCGGCCUGGCUCAGCAUCAUCCUCCUCAUCACGGUCAGCCUGCUGCCAGAUGUCAUCAAGAAGGUCCUGUGCAGGGCCGUCUGUCCCACCGCCACCGAACGUGCACAGUCCACCCGCCCGUGCCUUACUGUGGAGCCGUCCACCAUCUUCAUGCUUUCUCAGUCCUCAAGCAGAAUGAGUUUCUGAUUGGCCCAGAGAGACGAGGGAGGAGCAGGAAGAGGAGGAUGAGGAGAAGCUGCUGUCGGGUGGCGUGGCCGAGUUGACUCCACUGUCCUUCUGCCAGUCCUACAAAGGCAGGAGCGCGGACUCCUCCCACCUCCACCUGGGCGCCGCCGAGACGCUGUCGCUCCGCAGGUCGGAUCCUCUUCCCCACAAACUCCUGGCCCACCUGGCCGAAGGAGGAGUGACGGACCUGUGCUCGCUCAGCCCCUACAUGCUCCGCCUCUCGGGGGCCGGAUUCGCCUACUACGCCCCGGGGCCGGAGACCUCGGUGUGAGCGCGCACGCCGA